UAAUCAUGUUUUACAUCUCUCCAUGGACGCUGCUCGGAUUAAUUUUUUGUACCGCCUACUUCGUUUUGGUCUUGUGUGGUUUUGGGAGAAAAGACGACCAGAGGAAAGUGAGUCAGAAAUCCAACAAGGAAUCAGUGUCCUCGACGAAAAAAAGCGACCAUGAAACCAAAGAAGAACAACCGAGGAUAAAAGACCAGAAGUUGGAUUGCAUUGAUCUUGGAAAUGAAUUGGAAGGCGGCAGAUCGGACACGCAAAGGAAAAUUCGCGAAGGCACGUUAUCAUCUGAAAUACCCAAUGCUAACAAUUCGUUAGAGAGUUCAAAACAAGCACCUGCCCACAGUGAUAAAGGGGACAAUUUAACAGUCAAACAAAUUCUUGCACCUGUGAAACGCGACGCUUCUUUGCGGAGUCGAGAUGCUUUGUAUCCACAAGAGUUCAAUGUGUCGGAGGACCGUGUCACAGAGGGAGAGAAAAUCCGAGGUCAAGAAAAUGAAACAUCGAACUCGAACGCAAACGAAUAUUUUUCAGAAUUUUUAGGCGGGAGUACCGAGCAUUUUGAAGAUUUGAAGUCUUCUCGUGAGAAUCAGGGUGAAAUUUCCGACAUAGUGACGAGAACUUCGGUGAGCAGGGUUUCAUCAGCACUCGAGGAAUAUAACUUCGCAGCGUUUGAGAAUGAGCAACCAAUAUUGCACUCUGAACCAUGUGUCGACGUUGUGGAACCAAAUUAUUCUAAGACAGAUUUAAAUAAAAACAGUUUAUUCAGCGACUUUGCAGAAGUGUUAGUUUCCAAAGUCAAGACAAUUGCCUUCAGUGACAUCGACCUGGAACUGAGAGCCAAUGUUUUGGCUGAAAACAUUUCCACACAGAUAGUUUAUGACGCUAUUGGUCAGUUAUCAGCUGAUUCUGGCAAAGAAGAAAUUGACACAAAAAAUGUCCAGGAAAUACACAGUUUUGCGGGAGAUGUGAUUAAUUCUUUGUUCCAAGGUGCCACUGGUAAGGUUGCUUUGGUUAAAGAUGUUGAAAGUUUUGCCAAAGAUUUGAGUGAACAAAUUAUUAGUGAAGGUGUAGACAUCUAUGCUGCAAAACAGAAGUUUGAGCAAGGAAGAAAGAAAAAGGUGUCGCUUGGUGAAAUUAAAAUUUUCAGUGAAGAUGUUGUGAGUGAAGUUUUAUCAGAUGGUAUUGAAGAGGCAGCUGUGCUGACAGAUGCAAACAAGGAUUACUCUACCAAUAAAAACACUGCCCAGGUGACAGACUUGGAGGAUCCAGUUCCACACAGUGCUGACAGUUUAACCGGUGAAGUUUGUCAAGCUGCUUAUCAGGGAGUAGCUGUAUCAAGUUCCUUACAACCCCAUAUCAGUGGUGUGGUGGAAAAUUUGGUGAAUGGGGCAAUUUAUGAAGCCUCUUUGAGAGUAAGGGCUUAUCAAGGGAAUGAGUCACAACAGGAGUCAGAAUUACAAGCAUACUCGCCCGAAAUUUUGGAUUCUCAAGUGGAUGUGACGGUGAAGGAGUUAAUAUUUUCAGCUGUAAAUGAAGCUGCUGAUCACGAGAAGCAAAAAAGCAGCAUUGCCCAGUAAAAAAUGCCAACGAUUCAGAAUGAGCUUGAAUCUCAAGUAGGGUCCUAUGUGGAUGAUGCCUUACAGAAUGCAGUGAGCGAGGCUGCUGUAAAAGUUCUAGAAGGAUGUAGUGAAGCUACUCAGGAACAUAGAGUGUUAAAUGGUCAUGUUGAUCUUUCUCAAGACCCUGUCAUGGAGGCACAGAAUUGCCAAAGUACACCUGAAGAUGUUGUUCUAGUAGGAAAGGAGAUUAAAAUUACAGAUCAAUCAGAAGGAUAUGAUAUUGUGCCUUCCAAAGACAAUAAUGUACAAACAGAGUUAACAAGGCAGAAAAGUGGUGACUUCUGGAGAAGGAGUUUGAUUUCAGACUUGGAGGGAGAUGAAUUUGAUGAAGUUGUUGAAAGUGAAAAAUCUUUGCCAAGUGCAAGAGAUUCAACCUCACCUUUGAAUGACGAAGAACUCACUUCCGAUGAAGAUGCAGAGUUUAUAGACUCUUCGGAGGAUGAAGUCAUUGAUCAUGGAGAGGAUGCCAAACUGGGAGCAGUUGGAGGGUCAAAUAUGGCAAAGUAUAGAAGCAAUUACGAUGACUUUGAUAACGCUGAUGAGGAGGAUGAUGAUGACACUGAUGAUGAUGGUAAUGAAGAGUUGUUUGUAUCACAGUCAGCUGUCGAUGGAUUAUGUGCGAGUAAACAUACAAAAGAUAGAAAAAGAAAGAAAAAGCGCAAAACACUCCCAAGAGCAAGGAUACAGUCAGCUGGAUCGCAUUACAACAAUGCUGUGGUGAUUGACAAUGGCUGUGGUACCAUUAAACUUGGCAUGGCUGGAGAAAAGAAACCCAGUAUUGUACAACCAGCUUUGUAUGGGGUUCCUAAAAGAUACUCAUUACAAAUGGCUGGACUAGACAAUAAAAAAGACAGACAGUUUGGAGAUGCUGCUGCUAAGAAGGCUGGUGUUAUGCAACUUGAGUAUCCAAUGAAAGCAGGACUCAUUGAAAACUGGUCUGACAUUGAAGACAUCUGGGAGUACAUGUUGUACAGCGAGCUUGGAAUUGAAGAGGGAAGCAAUCCGAUUUUGAUCACUGAAGUUGCCAAUACUCCAAAGAAGAACAGAGAGAAAAUGGCUGAGAUUUUAUUUGAGCACCUAAGUGCUCCUGCAAUGUAUCUUGCCAAUCAACUUGUUUUGUCUCUGUAUGCCUCUGGCCUGACAGGCGGCAUGUGUCUGUCCUCUGGGUUCUCAGUCACUCAAGCUGCGGCAAUUUAUGAGGGAUGUUUGCUGGCACAUACUGUCCAAGAACUUGACAUAGGAGGUCAGUCACUCACAAACAACCUCCAGAAACUACUCAGGGAUAACAAAGGUCACAACUUCAAUUCCUCCUCUGGCUGGCAGAUUGUCAAUAAAAUGAAGGAAAACAUGGCUUAUGUGGCUCAAGAUUAUCCCAGGGAGUUGCAUCAGUACAAGACAAGUGAUACACUGACUCGGUACUACAUGCUGCCAGAUGGCCAGUCUGUAGACAUCAGCAGUGAAAUGAUAACCACUGCUGAACCUUUAUUUAAUCCUGAAACUCUUCUUGGAGCAGAUGACACUGUCGCCUCGCAGUUCCCUAUUCACAAACUGGUCAACAAUGCAUUCAGGAGAUGUUCUCCAGAGCUUCAGAGUGUUAUGAGCCGAAACGUGGUAUUAUCUGGCGGCACGACUCUCAUGAGGGGACUGGUGCCGAGACUCGAACGUGAACUCAGCAAAAUCAACCCCAAGAUACGAACCGUCAGUGCGCCUGACAAUAGAAGGUAUUCCGCUUGGAUUGGAGGUUCAAUACUGGGUUCCCUGUCGACUAUAGACAGUAUGUAUGUCACAACUGAUGAAUAUGCUGACUAUGGAGGGCGAAUUGUGAAUCAGAAAUGUUUCUGACGUGAUUAUGGCAAGGAACAUCAUGUCCCCAAUCCGUGAACUUUUUUUAUGUAGUGGUUGUAGCCUAAACUGGAGAAAGUAGUUUUGUGUAAUCACAGUUUGCGGUAAAAUUAAAAUAGUUUGAUGUCUAUUAGUAUUAGUAAAUCCAAAUAGUAGUUACUCGUUUUCCUUGAAUUGGAUCAGUGUACAUAAAGUGAGUGGAUUUUUCUUUUGAAUCAAAGCUUGAAUCAGUCAAUAGAAAGCCCAGGAAAGAUUAAAACAAGUCGGUUUUUUUUUCUGGAAUUAUUGAUGAGUGUAUAUUGAAAGGGUGACUGGUCAUUUGAUUGAUUUCAGGAAAUUUUUCCAUGACCCAUGAGUAGGUCUUGGUUCGUGUUACCGAUUAAAUUUUCGGUAUUGAAAUAAAAGUAUCUCCCCAUCAAAAAGAUAAAUGGAAGAAAAAAAAAUUAACCAAAAAAAAAAAAAAAAACUAGCUCAAAGCCUUCUUUAAAAUUGUUUUCGGAUGACAUCCAUCAUUACAAAGAAGGUUGCAAACAAAUUCUCAACACUGAAAGUUAAAGUUGAAAUUGGCCAUUCGAUAUCCGUAAUUAUGAUAGUGAUAUCAAGGAUGCCUCGAAAAGCUCAACACUUAUUGGUAUUCUACGUAAGGGAGUAGUCACAAUAGAAGGCACGCACUAAGCUGAGAACACUGUCAGCGCUUCUCACGGUAUUUCGAAUUCUUGCAGAUGAAAUUCUAGAAUACAUGAAAUUAAAGUAAAUUUAAGGAUAAUUUUCCAAAAUUGAUAUCUGAUAGUGUAAUAUAAUACAUAUGUCAGUCCAUUGCCUGUAGAUUUAAAAUUGUUUGCAGUUUUUGAAGCAAAAUUUCUAGGUAUACUUGUACACGAUCGAGUGAUAUGUAAUACAUUUUUAUGUUCCACAUUUCUUGUAACUACAUGUAAAUGUUGCGUGGAACGGAAGAUUAAUUUGUUGUAAGUUAGCUCAGCAGCGGGCUAAAGAUUUUCGCUGUAAGUCUGUUUAAUGGUAGGAUAGUCUGCUUUAUUGGUGUACAGUGUAGGGGGGGGGGGGAAUUUAAUUCCAAUGCUAAGCGUGGUCGUUCUUAGAGGUUUCAACAAUCGCGCUUUGUGCUUCUUUAGUUUCCAGUCUCCCUUCUCUUUGAACACUGAACCUGGAUGCUCGAGUUAUAAUAGGGAAAACAUUAUGUUAAUCACUGGGGGAAAUCGAAUUAUAUUAGAAGCCAUCUGCGAAUAUCGGAUAAUUUUUUGUACAGUUGUGUUUCAAUUAGCUAGAAUUAGAAAUUUAUGAGUCUCUGUCAGAAGCUCACGUUCGAAAUAUAAGCACCAUCAAACUCACCAAAAAACUGGUAAAAACUCAUUUAUUUCAUUGGUAAGAUAAGACGGGACGGAAAAGAAAGAGACAUAAGUCCACAUGUAGUUUAUUUGAUGAGGAGUUUCAUCUAGAAGCUUCCAGAUCGGGUUUAAAAUGUUUAUGUUAAAACCAGGGUUGUGCGCGAAUGAAUUCAGUCGUUUUAAGUCUUAAAUUCCAAAAGUAAUGCAAAAAUGUAACCCACAACCAAUUGUGUAGGUGUGAUAUAAGAUUGUCAUCAAGAAUUUGAAUUAUCCUGAACAUCUCCAUGGAUGUUUUUGGAGGCGUAUUAAAUUGAAAUCAAUUUGGAAAUGCUACGCGAAAGCACCAUUUACAAAUUUAAUUAUCAAUUUUAAUAUUCGUAGUUGAUAAACGCAAUUAAAAUUUUAACAGAAUAUCGUU